GCGCAAGCCUGGUCGGAAAAUCGAUAAACCUGAAAAGCAUUUAUAGGCCCCGCGUGAGUCGCCACCAAGUUAGUGAGUGCGCAUACGACGACGGCGACGAUCGACGUCGAGCAGAACGAUCGUAGUUAUUCUUAAUGUGAAACUCGAGCCUUAAUUUUAUUUACCGUGUCCUCGCGCACGAACAAUCCCUCCUAAAGCAGAUCAAGGCAGCCAGCAGGUGAUCAGGGAAAGUUAUGAGGUCCUGCUUUAUACCUGUCAUCGUCGUUCUGAUCCUGACCGAGAUACCCGAUCGAAGCGACAGCAUUUCCCAUAAUAUAGUGAAAGGAUGGGCGUACAAACUGGGUUUCGAGCUGUCACAAUUGGGCAAAUUCGUGACGAAGGUGGAGAAGUUCAAAGACAGCUACAAGACGGCGGAUAUCACGCCACGUGACGGAAACGCUCUCGUUCACGAGAUUGCUAAAGACAUUAAGACUAUGAUGGAGUCCAAGAUCUCGGCUAUUAGAAGGAUAAUGGAUGUGGCAGAAAUGUCGGCGUAUUCAUCAUCCGAUGAGGACCCGCCGAAAUCCUUCGAGUUUAUCGACGCAAAGAACAAUAGUAUCAACCUUGAAUAUAGUCCUCACUUCGGUGGUGACGUGAAUCUCAAUAUGUCAGCGGUGCACGUACCCACGAAUGUGUAUGAUCGCGCUUCGAAUGUCAUCCGAGCAAUUAAGUGGUCCGAGGAACUCGAUCGUAUUUUCAUCAGUAAUUAUGAGCAUGAUCCAUCAUUGUCCUGGCAAUACUUCGGCAGCGCGACUGGUUUCAUGCGUCAAUACCCUGCCACGAAUUGGUACAUAGAGUCAGUGGAUCUAUUCGACUGCAGGACGAGGAGCUGGUACAUUGAAGCGGCCACCAGUCCAAAGGAUAUUCUUAUUCUGAUGGACACGUCCGGUAGCAUGACUGGUAUACGACGAGAGAUCGCUAAGCACGUUAUAAAUAAUAUCCUUGAUACCCUUGGUAACAAUGACUUUGUCAAUAUCAUUACAUUCUCUAACGAAACUAAAGAGGUAGUAUCGUGCUUUGAUGGCACCCUGGUCCAGGCAAAUCUGGCAAACAUACGCGAGCUGAAGAGAGCCAUUUCGAAUCUCAAUACAGAGAGGAUCGCCAACUUUUCUCUGGCUUUGACGACUGCUUUUGAGUUACUCGAAACAUUCCGCAACGAGCGGGAAGGUGCAAGAUGCAAUCAGGCAAUUAUGUUAAUCACCGACGGUGUACCAUACAAUUACAAGGAUAUUUUUGAGGCAUACAACUGGAAGGAUAAUCCAGACGAGCCGUUGAAGGCCGAUAUGCCUGUUAGAGUAUUUACCUAUCUAAUCGGUCGAGAGGUUGCAGAUGUGCGGGAAGUGCAAUGGAUGGCUUGCGCCAAUAGAGGGUACUAUGUACAUUUGUGUACGCCGGCGGAAGUCAGAGAAGAGGUAUUGAAGUAUGUGCCGGUGAUGGCGAGGCCCUUAGUGCUAGGUCGCGCGGUUCAUCCUACUAUCUGGACACCCGUUUAUGCCGACGUGACUGAUCCAAAAAUGACCGAUUGGUUGUGGGAGCAGCGCGAAAAUGACGAACAGGAAAAGCGCUUCUUGCACUACCAAAGAAAUAAGAAGUUUCUCAACUCAGAAGAACAGGAUCGGCGAUAUGUGAGCAAUCAGAAAUGGCGGUAUGAUCAGUUCGAUCAAACCGAAGAACUGCAGGAAUACAAGCUAAUGACCUCGGUCAGCAUGCCAGUGUUUGAUCGACGUGAUAACGCGAACAUCACAAGGCAGGUGCUGGUGAAUGAAGCAUACUGGGUGACUGAAACAAGAGAGACAAUGAUCGCCAAUCUACUCGGUGUUGCCGGCACGGACGUACCAAUCGACGAAAUUGAGAAAUAUAUGAUUCCACAUAUGCUCGGCGUCAACGGUUACGCUUUCAUUGUGACCAACAAUGGUUUCAUCCUGAUUCAUCCUGAUCUUCGACCAGUGUUUCAGGGUAUCUUAAAGCCGGCAUAUAAUAGCGUCGAUAUGGCGGAAGUUGAACUAAUGGAUCACGAUAUGGGCCCCAGAGAAUUUGACGAAGGAAUCAUUAUGCUUCGCAACAAUGUGGUGAAUCAGAUGAAUGGUAGCGCGACGCUUUAUACAAAAUAUCAUUAUGAUAACAUGAAACGUGUCGGCAGAGUAAAGAGAAAAUACGAUUACGCGGGAAUAAUGGACACUCCAUUUACGGUAGUAGUCAGUUUGCCUGAACACGAUCAUACUGGAAAUUAUCGCGUGCACGCUACCGAGGAGAUACAUCGAUCUCACGCUAAAGGGAAAAACGUGACAGAUUAUUUCGCGGGUAGUAACUGGCGGGUGCAUCCCCAUUGGCUAUAUUGCAAGUAUCAUUACGAGGGUGAACAUAGGUUCAAUUCCUCGGAAUCACAGCUCCUACAUUUUCUGGAGCGUACCCGCCUACCAGGCUGGAAGUGGAUCGACAUGAAGCAACGAUCCAAACCGCCAGAACACUCCGCUACGAGUUCCAAUCACAGCUCUAAUCCUAAGCCCUACAAGGCCGAGAACAAGAAUUCAUACUUUUGUGACAGGAAUCUACUGCUCAGUCUAGUAUACGAUGCUAAGGUAACCGAGUGGUUUGCCCAGCAAAUCCCACCAAAUCCCAGCACCAAGGAAUCAGGACCUUUAGCUAGGCUGAUGAAUCAGAUGACCAGGAAGCAGUUCAAACAACGCUUUGGGGUAGUCCUGGCAUUUAUGGCUACACAUAACGGAUUGACCAGAUGGCAAGACUUUCUUCGAGUAGAUGAGAAUAUGUCGCUACCGGAGAAUCAUUUCAGUAAAUUGUAUCCUCGUGCUAUCGACGAAGUGUGGUAUAAACGAGCGGUCGAGCAGUACUACAUAAAUGAGGACAGUUUCGUUUUUUCUGUACCGCUCGAAAAGAAGGGUGCCAACAACUCUACUUUAGUCACUGCCAGUCGUGCUGUAUUUAUUGAAAACGCGAAGGGAAAGGCGCCGGCCAUGGUGGUCGGCUUUCAAUUCCAGCACACUGCCUUGCAAGCGCUUUUCCAGAACAUAACAUUUAACUGCGAUGGUAAUUGCCAUAAACACUGCGGCGACAAAGUCUGGGAAUGUUAUCUCAUUGACAAUAACGGCUACAUAAUCGCCGCCGAGGACGAGACAAAUGCUGGUAAAUUUUUUGGUGAUGUCAAAGGUCCGAUAAUGAGCAGCUUAGUCAAGGAUGGUGUCUUCGAGAAGAUAAGGAUCUUUGAUUAUCAAGCGGUUUGCUUCAAAAGUUCACAAACCAACAACGCCGGCAAUAUUCUUCUUACUCCAUGGAAGCAUUUGCAAACAGCACUGUCGUGGAUGAUCAGUCAAGCUGCUUGGGCUUGGGCAAGAACGGGCAUAUUGGAUUAUGAAAACGCGGAAGCAUAUAGCUAUGUUAGCGAUGAUGAAUCAGCCGUUCACAGUGAUGAUCACGAGAGUGAAGAGAAACUUCCGCCAAUCACUGACAGAGACGAUAGAUUAAACUUUGAUCAAGAUGUUGUGAUCAAUCGUACACGCCCGGAAGUGUGCGAUCAAGAGAUAUACUUGUACCUGCGAAACACUUCGUUUGACUCAUACGACAUGGACAUGGAUUGCGAGCAUAGAUGGUACAUGGUACAGUCAGUGGCUUAUAGCAAUAUGCUGUUGGUGGUGGUGGAUACCAAUUGUGGAGACACGACGUCGCCGAAAUUGGAGGUCAAGAGCGAGGAGGUGAUCUACGAGAAUAAUACGCUGGUUUGUCAGAAGGCACUCACUGGUCUCAAGCGAAAACGGCCACAGUCUUGUAUACGUUCGAAUCCUCGCGAGAGCGACAUCAAGGAUCAGUGCGGUUUGGCGACAAGCGCCAAGACGAACUUGUUCCUCUUGAUGUUGCUGCUGAUAUGCGUACUGGCCGAAAAGAGCACCUUCUUCUUUGAUUAAAAUCGACCUGAUUUUGUAAUUAACAAUUGGUGUCAAACUAAUCAACAAUGAAAUGAUAUGCCGCGAAUUGAAACUUUCGCCUGAUGGAGCGUACUGUGUGGACAUUUGUACAUCCAGUUGUCUUGUCCGACGAUCAGGAUUGUUACAUAGCACAUAUUUAAACUAUUUUCUAUUUAUUUGUUAAUUUCUGUAAUUAAUGAAUUUUUUCUG